AUGAAGACGAUAUUUGCGUUAAUUGCGCUAGUUGCUGUGGCGAUUGCUCAUCCUUUGCCUCUGGUACAACUUAUAGUUAAUGUUGAUGGUCCAAGCAAUGUCGAUUCUGUUCCAGAACCAAAACCUGAGCCAGUCUUAGUACCCGAACCCGUAGAAAAUGAGCCAGAGCCUGUUUUAAUUCCUCAGCCCGAUCCAUUACCAGUUGUUGUCCCAGAACCAAAACCUGAGCCAGUCUUAGUACCCGAACCCGUAGAAAAUGAGCCAGAGCCUGUUUUAAUUCCUCAGCCCGAUCCAUAUCCAAUUGUUGUCCCAGCACCAAAACCUGAGUCAGUCUAA